AUGACUCGGGCUGACAUUACAUUGAUUGUGUUUCUUUAUUGGUUCUCAUUCUUUAUUUAUUUUUAUUUUUUUUCAUUUAAUUCAUUUUUUUCUUUCUUUUUCUUUCUGGUAAUUUUUUUUAAUAUUAUUUUGUUUUCUUUUUUAUUCGACGAUUUUUCUCACUUUUUUCUUGAAUUUCUUUUAUUUUCUUUCGCUCAUUUUUCUUCUUUUCCUUUCUUUCAUCUACAAUUCUCUUUUCAUACAUCUUUUGUAUAUGUUUCCUUUUUCAUUCUCUUCUUUUUUCAUUGUAUUUUGUUCUUUUUUCUUCACCAGUUUCUGCCUAUCUAUCUAUCUAUCUAUCUAUCUAUCUAUUUAUCUAUCUAUCUAUCUAUCUAUCUAUCAGACUGUUCAUUAUCUAUCUAUCUUUCUAUCUAUCUAUCUAUCUUUCUAUCUAUCUAUCUAUCUAUCUAUCUAUCUCAGUAUGUUCAUUAUCUAUCUAUCUAUCUAUCUAUCUCAGUCUGUUCAUAUCUAUCUAUCUAUCUAUCUAUCUAUCUAUCUAUCUAUCUAUCUAUCAGUGCCUGUUCAUAUCAUGCGCACGCUGAGCGUUUCUCAAGAAGCUCAUCCGAUUAUAACAUCAUUCAAGGGGGAACUUACUUUUCAUCUUUUACUUCUCUUCCCAUCUAUCUCUCUUCUCCGUCACCAGCUUCAACUUCCGGCGUCAGUUGUCUUUAUUCUUUUUUUUUACUGUCUGUCUUUCGCCUUUCUUUUAAUGUUUCUGUCAAUUUUCUUCUAAUUCUUGAUGCUUAUUGUCAUUUUUCCUAUUCUUGCGAUAGAACAUUUUUUUCUUUCGUUCUUUUUAACUACUACUUUUUUCUGUACUAUUUUGUCUUCCUCUCUAUUUUCCUACCUUCCUUCCUUCCUUCCUUCUACAUGGAUUUUCUAAGCGAGUUUUUAGUUCAUUUCUUCUCUCUCUUCUCUCUCUCUCUCUUUCUCCCUUUGUCUUGUUAUUUUCUUUCUUUUUUCCUAUUUUUCUCUCUCUUAUUAUUUCUUUCUUUCUCUUUUUCUAGUUACUGUCACUCUCUCUUUUUCUUGUUAUUUCUCUCUCUCUCUCUCUCUUUCCCUCUCUCUCUUGAUAUUUUCUCUCUUGAUAUUUUCUCUCAUAUUUUUAUCAUUUUUCUCUGUUUCUCUCUGUCUGUCUGUUCUUGUCAUUUUUCUCUGUUUCUCUCUGUCUGUCUGUCUGUCUGUCUGUCUGUCUCUCUCUCUCUCUCUCUCUCUCUCUCUCUCUCUCUUUCUUUUUGGAUAUUUUCUCUCUCUUUUUCUCAUUAUUUCUCUCUCUUUCUUGAUAUUUUCUCUCUUUUUUCUUGUUAUUUCUCUCUCAUUUUUCAUGUAUUUUCCCUCUCUCUUUCUCUCUGUCUGUCUCUGUUUCUCUCCCCCUCUCUCUCUCUCUCUCUCUAUCUCUCUAUCUCUCUCCUAUUAUUUUUAUCUGAAAUGUCUAAUAUUACGAUUACGAUCAUAUUUGAUUGGUUUUCCUUUUCUUCCUCUUUUUCGCUCUCUUUUCUCUCCCCCCUCUCUCUUUUUUUUCUCUCUCUCUCUCUCUCUUUCUCUCUCUCUCUCUCUCUCUCUCUCUCACUCUCCAACUCUCAUUUGCUAUUUUUUAAUUUCCUUCCUUUUUCGUUUUUUCUUUAA